AUGGGUGGCUUUGAGGGGCACCUGUACCCGGGGCUGUCCUUUCUCCUCUAUGGGCUCCAUCAGGCACAGCUGUUCUCCAGGGCCCUGAUAUGCAACUCACCUGCCCAGCACCCACCAUGUGGUGCCUGGGGCAGGGGGCCAUGGGCAAGGCUUUGGCAGGUGUGUGAUGUAGGCUUGGUCAAGAUUCUCAGCGCCUGCAUCUUGGUGGCCCAGGAACUGCACAGCCUCCCCAGACCAUUCGCACUGCUAACCAAGAGGUACCACCAGAGGGACUUCCUGUUCCGUAAGCAGUGGCAGCAUGUCACCCUCUACGCUGCCUUCCUGCUGAGUGGCUGUGUAGACGUGGCCAGCCAGCACGUGCUGGCAUGCCGCCGCAUGGCGCUGGAGCAAGGUGCCCAGGCCCUGGGCAUGGCCGUGCUCCUGCCUCUGAUGCUGUCCCACAUGCAGGACACGGAGGGCGUGGAGCUGAGGUCUCACCUGCUGCUCACACAGGUCAUGUUCUUGCUCACACUGGUGCUGACCGCAGAGCUGUGGGUCCCCAGUGAGUUGCGACUGCAGGCGCUAAAAGCCUUCCUGUGCACCCUCAGCGGCUCCUGGCUCAUGCAGCUGGCCUUCAUGCUAUAUAAGCCCAUGUCGGGCUACAAGUGGAUGGACGAUGACCAGAAUGACCUUGCGUUCGUCACCACUGCCUUCUGCUGCCACGUGACCUGUGUGGCCAUCCUGAUGCUCUGGAUCCAUGGCUGCUGCUGGGUGUGGUACGGCUAUGUCUCUGCCAUGGCCCGGGCAGGUCAAGCGCAGUCCCAAGGGGCCCGCGGGAGCACCUGCAGCUCCUCCCUGCUCCUUCUGUGA